UAGCGUUUUCAGAAAACUAAUUGUGUCUAGCACAUACAUAAAUAUUCAAUACUUGGUUAUUUUCGGUUUGAAUGUUUACAUGCAUAUAUAUUAUGCUGAUAACGGAAAUUACAUAAAGUCAUAUCUAAAUUUAGAAACUUAUACGUGGCUUUAACCAAAUCAAAAUCGGUAUUGCAUUUCUGAUCAGGAAAAGAAAUCUGAAAGUGAGGUUUAAAAUGUCUUGUAAUAUUUGUGGAGAAAGUCGGUUUGGAAAUAGUGCACAACUAAAUUGUCAUGGCAUUACAAAUCACGCAUUAUUUUCUUGUUCCUGCAACAAAAAGUUCAUGAGUGAGGAAAGUUUGGGUAAUCAUAAAAAGCAGAUGCAGGAAAAUGCAAAACAAGAACAAUGUUCAGGAUGUUGCCGAUCGUUUGUAAACAAAGAUGACCUGUACCAACACAAAAGAAGCACAAAUCACUGGAUGAAUGAUGAAAGGGAAAAUGCUCAAAAAGAAACUAAUCGUGUAUUCUGUGACGAUCGAUGUGGUAAAAGCUUUAAAUCAGCAAGUGCAUAUGCAGAUCACAAGAGAGAUAUAGCUGCAAAAUUUGGAAUUUCGGACAAAACAUGCCGUGGGUGCGACAAGACGUUUCUCGACAAAAGCAGGCUUGACCAGCACAAAAAAGAUACUGGCCACAGCUCAAAACCUAACUCCCGAGCGAAGGAAUAUCUUGACAAUUUUCAUAAGAGUAAAGUUGCUAUCAGUAAGGCGGAUAAGAAAUCAUCUGUUACACGUGUUGACGGAAUACUUCGGCCAAUUAUGAAUCAUGUGAAGAAAGCAGAGGGAGGUGAAAUUUAUUGCCCAAAUGUGGUAAGAGCUGGCAGUUUUCCUGUGAAAACUAAGAUUGGAAAACCUGAUGAAUUUGAUACAAACAUUGUUUGUAACAUUGUCCCCGAUAAUACAAGAACCCGCGGAAAUGUUGAUUUUGAUUACCAGAAAUUGGACGAUAGGAUGGGGAAAUCGAAUAAUAUGAAUAUAAAGAUGAGCCUGAAAGACAUUCCAGGUGGCAAAGAAAUACCGAUGGGAUACGCAGUGGUAACAGUUAAAGACGGCACCGUCCCUGCAAAACUUACGUACAAAGGACAAUUAGUUCCAAGAGAAGUAAAACAAGACCUUUAUGGUAAAAUUAAAUCUGCUGUAAAAGAACUAGGAAUGAAAAAUGUUGAUGUGAGUCGUAACGCCCACGGACCUGCCUUGACGUUGAACAUACAUCAAGGUCAAGGUCUUCAUGACAUAAGUGUCGAUAUAACACCAUCAAUUCCGUGCAAGGUACCUGUGACAGAUAACGGUUGGCCUCGUCCGAAUACACGUAAAGCUUUCGAUAGCCGAGUACUUGAUGGCAUUAAAACCACCGGGACACACUUAGUUCCAAAAGGCGAUAACGUAUGGGCAGUUUCAUAUUCAAAAGCAGAAAAAGCUGCUCUUUUAAAGAUUGAUGAGGGAAAUGGCUGUCGAAGAGAGGUCAAUAGAAUAAUGAAGAAGUACGUCCAGGAUUGCACAUCCCGAUCGAAAGAUGGUCUUCCGGGAGUUUCAUCACAUUUGAUAAAACAUCAAAUUCUUUGGUCUGCGGAAAAACGUCCAGAUCAAAAUUACUGGCAACAUGGCAACAUUUAUAACUGCCUGAUUGAUACCAUUGGGGAUAUGACAUCAGCCCUUGAUCGAGGAAAACUUCCAAAUUACUUCAGUAAUUCUGAAAACAUUCUCCGUGGGAAAGAUCCUGGAGUUCUUCGGGAACUGAGUGAUCAUUUUAAAGGAGAAAUGGAAAAAUUAUUACAUAUGUGACAUAAUUAACUUUAAUCUAAUAUUGCUUAUUAAAAGUUUUGGCAUUUGGAAUGUUUGAAUAGAAUAUACAACCUUCCAGCUUUACUUUUACAUAGUAACAGAUGAAUUAGAAGUACACAUUAUGACUUAUUCGUUGUGUUAUUGAAUAUGUAAAUAAUGUUUAUUUGAAUUUAUAGCAUCAUAGAGUAAUAAUAAUUUAGCGCAAAUCAUUCAUUCAAUGAUUCAUUUUCAUCGCAUGUCAUACAUGAGACACAAUAAUACUAAUGAAGAAAAUAUUCAUAAAUAUACAGUAAAAACCCUCAAUUAAGACCACCAUCGGGACUAGACCAAAGUGGUCUUAAUUGCGGGGUGGUCUUAAUUGUGGAUAUUCUUAUCAUUGCUUACACACGAUAUGACCAGGGCCUAUUUUAGUCAUUUUGUAUGAACAAACAAUAUGUAUCUUAACCUGCAAAUACAAUAUAAAAGUAUAUAUUUUAUAAUGUUACAUCUGAUGGGAAGAAAACAUAUUUCUGAAGAAAUUUAAUAUCAAAUUUUCUUUGUUCUGAUUUCAAUAAUAAUUAUUGUAUGAGGUACAUAAUUCACAUAUCAUAUCAGACUUUAUUUCUUCACAAAACAAAUGUGCAUAAAGCAACAUUAAACCACUAUGAAAUUAACAUUCUCACCUUUUUUUCAUUAAAUAUCCCAUAAAUAACAGCUUUUGACACCUUGUGUAAUCAAGUGUCAUGCCUAAGAGCAAUCAAGCAGAUAAUAACAACAUAACAACACAUUUAAGAUCUAGGAAGGUGUUGAUUUUAAUAUCAGUGGUCUCAAUAGUGAGGUCAAAUAAAGAACAAAAUAAGGAAUUGGGACUGAAUUUGGUGGUCUUAAAUGUGGAUAAGUGAGGUGGUCUUAAUUCUGGAUCAUGUAACCAUUGACAUAAAGAACAGAAAAUUCCGUUCUUUUUAAAACUGGUCUUAAAAGUGGGGUGGUCUUAAAUCCGAGGUGGUCUUUAGUAGGGAUUCUACUGUAUAUAUAUAUAUGUAAAACCAAGGUUUUGUCACGAACAUACAUUAAGCAGUUUCAGCUUUUCUUAUCAGUCUCUAGUUAAUUAACAUCGCAAAUUCACUAACGAACUUGUCUGAGCAAAUUUAUUUGAAAAUACAAACUAAAACUUUAGACAUAACUGAAUAAAAACUUGGUAAGAUGCUGUAAUGAUGUAUACCAAUUGCUUCCUUUUUAACUAUGUUUUGUUGUUCAAUAUAAAGUUAAAAAAAUACAAUAUUUAUUUUUAUCUUCUUACAGUUACAUGUACUUCCAUAGUUACAAUACAACUUUUUUAAUUGACUAUAUAAUUACGUAAUAAAGGAUAUAACUCUGUAGUAAUUAUGUAAUACUGUUUAAAAAGGGUUGUUUCCCUUUAAAAGGUAAACAUGUUUGUUAAAUUGUUAUUAAACAUUAGAUAAAUAAUUUUUCAUUCAAAACUAAAUCUAAGUUGGUACUUUAGUUUAAAUCAAAGUCUGCACAUAUAAUAGUGUCUUUUUUCAUUAGGAUUUCGUUUUAUAUUUUGUGUUGCAUCAUUUAUUGUUCAAAUGUUAUGGUCAAAUUUCUCAGUUGUAGAAUUACUUAUAGAAGUGUUCAUUACAAAUAGAUUGUUGUUAAAUAUUCUCUCAGCUUUUUUGUUCCCUUUUGACAAUUAAUUUCCAGGACAUUGUCCGGAAUUUCCCUGCAACAACAGCAAUGA